AUGGGUAAGGGACAACCUAGAGGUUUGAACGCUGCUCGUAAGCUCCGUAUUCACCGUCGUGAUCAACGUUGGGCCGAUAAGGCCUACAAGAAGAGAGCCAUUGGUACCGCUUUCCGUUCUUCUCCUUUCGGUGGUUCUUCUCACGCCAAGGGUAUCGUCCUUGAAAAGAUUGGUGUUGAAGCCAAGCAACCUAACUCUGCCAUUCGUAAGUGUGUUCGUGUUCAACUCAUCAAGAACGGUAAGAAGGUCACUGCUUUCGUCCCCAAUGAUGGUUGUUUGAACUACGUUGAUGAAAACGACGAAGUUUUGAUUGCCGGUUUCGGUCGUAAGGGUCGUGCUAUUGGUGAUAUUCCUGGUGUCCGUUUCAAGGUCGUCAAGGUCGCUGGUGUCUCUCUUCUUGCUUUGUACAAGGAAAAGAAGGAGAAGCCUAGAUCUUAA